AUGAGUCACAACCUGCCCAGGGCUAGGGCAAGACGCACUGUGAACAUCCGUCAAGAGGAAACACGUUUAGUUUCUCUGAAGCGCCCUGGAUAGUUUUUAAAGCCAUUGUACAUAAGAGGGUUUAAUAGGGGGAAAAAAAAGAAAGAAGGCGAUUUGAUUUCGCACCCCCGACUGAGAAAAAACAAAAUCAAGAAAGAAGGCAAGCCUGCGGAGAAGAGAGGAAAAAAAGUUUUAAUUCACCGGAUUUAUAUUAAAAAAUGAACGUUGGAGAAGAAAAUAUUUUCCAUGGGUCAGAUAAAAGAAUGAAUGACUUGAAGUCAAUCGGCAAUGAAACGCUAAUUGAUCUCACUCAGCGCUACGGUCAAGCCGCUUUUAGCUUCGGCGCUGGCCAUGGUGCUGGAAGUCCCGGGCGCUAUCCUAUGUCAGGCGCUUCGGACUUCCUCUCAGGUCAGACAGCGAAGUCUACCGAGAGCGGCGGGGAGCAGACGAGCGACGACGACGACAGUUUCGACCACCUGGACCCCAGGAAACGAAGCUCCGCGUUUGACGAGGAUAAACAUUCGAGUUCGCUCACCAAAAAGCCAAAGGAGCAGAGAUCGCUCCGGCUCAGCAUAAACGCGAGAGAGAGAAGGCGGAUGCAUGACCUGAACGACGCUUUGGAUGGUCUUAGGGCCGUGAUUCCUUAUGCCCACAGUCCAUCAGUAAGGAAACUCUCCAAAAUCGCUACUUUAUUGCUGGCGAAGAACUACAUCCUCAUGCAAGCGCAGGCAUUGGAGGAAAUGAGAAGAUUGGUGGCUUAUUUGAAUCAGGGACAGACGCUAACUUCUCCCAUUCCAGCAGCUCUGGCCCCGUUCGGACAAGCGGCCGUAUACCCCUUUUCAGGUACAGCUCUGGCCACCUGUGCCGAGAAAUGCACUUCUUACGGUGGAACACCUUCAAGUCUCUUCAAACACUGCAACGACAAACCUUGAUGUCAUUUGUCUUUAUACACACGCUCAUGUAAAGACAUCCGUCUGUUAGUCUUUCUAAUUAUUUGUAUUCUUCUGUCGGGGGUGGGGGGAAAGGACUUUAUUCUAAUACGUAAUCCUAAACUCUCUUUAAACAACUGUUGCAAUGUUUCUACCUGAUUUGCAAAACGAGAAUCAAAAUAUCUUUCCUUAGUGAAGUCUAGGCUAAUUUGGGGGACGAGCAUCCAGAACGCGUCGAAUCUUGCAUCUGUGCUUACCGUUUGAAAAUAAUUUUGCUGUGAUGCUUUAUGCGUUUCCAUUUACUUUUAAAGUAUUAAGCGCGCUAUUUGCUCAUGUCUAAAUCAAAAUGAAAUGACAUUUGUUGUUUUAUUUUUUAUAAAUAUAUUUUCGACAAGAAAGUAAGAAAACUUUGAGUGGGUUCCAUUAGAACUUAUAGUUUCUCACACAAACUAAGACAUGUUAAGUAAACGACUUGUGAACUAUGCAACAUCCUUACAUGGUAUCGAACUAAUGUGAAGCAUAAUAUAUUGUAAGUACUGUCCAGCUAUCAAUACUCGAGGUGUGUCAUUCGGUAGUACCGAUUUUAAUGAAAUAUCUCCUGAAAACAGUAAAUACUAUGUGAAACAAUCAAAUAUAUUAUGUAAUAUAUUAAAGCUGUAUGGAACAUGUUUGACUUUGUUAUUGCACAAUUCACUUGAUUGUACUGUACAUCUGUGCGAAACUUCUUAAUGAAAGAUAUGGAAUAUAAGGUCUUGGUUUUAAAAAUUACUUGUGUUUCAACACGGAGUUUCCUAUACUGUUUAUAUGUCUUUAUAAUUAAAAACCAAAUGUAUG